AUGUCAACAUUAGAGAACACAACAACUGCUAUCGUUCAUGAAGCCAUAAAUGAAGAAUACGAAUACAUACAAUAUAACAAACAACUUCGCCUCAUUCGUUCGGUCAAAGAUGACAUGUACCAAAUGCAAAGUAUAAUGAAUGCUCUUCGUUCUACAAAGCAAGCAUAUCAUUGGUUUGAAAACCAACAGACAAAAGAACUUUUAGAAGAAUUUCCUCAUAUGAUUGCUUCCCUCGGAAAACCGGGGGAAGAGAUUCCGUAUGAAAAUCGCAAGAAUUUGGCUCCUGGUUUGAAAGGUUAUUAUGUUCAUAGACUUUUAGUAAACGCUGUAGCAAUGUGGGCUUCACCUCGUUAUGCUU